CAGCAAUAUCUCUUCUUGGCACAAAACAUCCUGUUCUGCGGCUGACGUAGUUUUCACAGUUACGUGAUUAUCAGAACAUUUUAAUACUGAGGUUAGGUUACACAACAUAACAGUGCAAAAAUAAGUCUAUGUAUGAUCAUGACAUCAGUAUAUCACGUGCGAGUGCCUUCAGGUUCCAGGUCAACUUCAGAGGAAACAAAUGUAGCAUCCGAGGUGCAGGAGCUUUGAAAGUCGCUCUUUUGGUAAACAAACUCAGGAACUCGCACUCUUUUGGAGAGCUUUUAUCUUUUGGAGAGCUUUUAUCUUUUAUUUAUUCUUUGGUGUUAUUCAUAGUCAUGAAGAAGAGUCAUGGUGUUAUUCAUAGCCAUGAAGAAGAAGAAGAACUGUCAUGACACUGUCGACUCUUCCCACGUCCUCCUUGCACUCAGUCUCCAUUCAUGACUGGCCGACCUAUGCAGCAUUCUACUUUUACAACAGUAGUGGUACAUUAAAGGUGCAGUGUGUAGUGUUGAAACUGCUAGCGAGAUUUUUAAUGGAGCCUCACUUGACUACUCCCUCUCCCUCCCCACUGGCCGAAUCCAUGCCCCUCGCAGCCGUGCACGCGCAAGUCACUGGCUGGCUUUACCGUGGUCAUCUUGUAUUAGCUACUUUGCCAUUUUCAUCAUGUCUUGUUCACCGAGUUCUCAAGAUGAGACCACGGCUAUUGGUGACCCCACCCAACUGCAACCACUGGCCAAGUACAUCUCUUGAUAGCAGACGAGGAGGGAAAGAAAUGGCCUUCUUGGACAAUCCAGCUAUUAUUUUGGCCCACAUCAGACAGUCUCAUGUGACCAGUGACGAUACAGGAAUGUGCGAAAUGGUGCUAAUCGACCAGGAUGUGGAUCUGGAGAAGUGUCAUCUGGCUCUGGUACCUGGCAGCAGCAAUGAGUCAGCAAUGUUAAGUUCCUUAAAUGAGGGGUUCGGCACUAUGGCGGACACUCACACUUGUGACCUCUCGCAGUCAAUGGAUAUCACCUCCAGUUGGGAUUUUGGCAUCCGACGACGCUCCAACACAGCCCAAAGACUUGAAAGACUGAGGAAGGAGCGUCAAAACCAAAUCAAAUGUAAAAAUAUUCAGUGGAAAGAGAGAUCAUCCUCUCAAUCAGUGGAGGAUCUGGGGUCCUUUUUUGAAAAACGUGAUUUUAAAGAUAGAGUGCGGUCGUCAUGUAUGAAAUCUACCCUUUCACUUCGACUGGAGCAGUGUCCCCAGCAGCUCAACAACCCCUUCAAUGAAUACUCCAAAUUUGAUGGCAAGGGUCAUAUUGGCACAACAGCGACAAAAAAGAUAGACGUCUACCUCUCAAUGCAAAUGGCUCAGGAAAAAGUUCAUCCCAUGACAGUAGUAACCAUUGCUAAUGCCCGCGUUCAUGAUCUCAUUGGCCUUAUCUGUUGGCAAUACACAAGUGAGGGACGAGAACCCAAACUUAAUGAGAAUGUGAACGCUUACUGCCUUCAUAUUGCGGAAGAUGAUGGUGAGGUGGACACAGACUUCCCUCCUCUUGACUCCAAUGAGCCAAUUCACAAGUUUGGUUUCAGCACUCUGGCAUUGGUGGAGAAGUACUCCUCACCUGGCCUUGGUUCAAGACAAUCACUGUUUGUCAGAAUAAAUGCUGCUCAGGGUUUUUCUUUAAUCCCUGUGGACAGUCUGAAAGUAACCAUGAAGGAAAUUCUUCAGAAAGCGCUCAAGAAGAGGAAGGGAUCACAGAAAGGAUCAGGGCCUCUAUAUCGUUUGGAAAAGCAAACAGACCCAAAUGUUGCAGUUGACCUAGACUCCACACUUGAGAGCCAGAGCACUCUGGAAUUUUGCCUUGUGAGAGAAAACAGCUCCAGGGGUGAGGAGAGCUCAGAAGAAGACCCACCCAUUGACAUCACCACAGUCCAAGAUAUGCUGAGCAGCCAUCACUAUAAGUCAUUCAAGAUUAGUAUGAUACACAAGCUGCGUUUCACGACAGAUGUUCAACUCGGAAUUUCAGGAGAAAAGGUAGAGAUUGACCCUGUCACCAAUCAGAAGGCAAGCACUAAGUUCUGGAUUCGGCAGAAACCCAUUUCUAUCGAUUCGGAUCAUCUAUGUGCCUGUGACCUUGUCGAAGAAAGAAGCCCUAACCAUGCCAUAUUCAAGAUCACUUAUCUGAGCAACCAUGACUACAAGCCUCUCUACUUUGAGUCAGAUUCUACUACAGUCAGUGAAAUAGUUCUUAAGGUGAACUACAUCCUUGAGUCACGGGCCAGCACCACACGGGCUGAUUAUUUUGCCCAAAAGCAGAGAAAACUCAGCCGUCGGACAAGUUUCAGUUUCCAGAAGGACAAGAAGACUGGCCAGUAGAGGAAAUAACUAACUCUAUGCAGCUAUCGUUUUGUCUGCAAAUGUACGGACGGACACACCAAGAAGCCUUCCAAACCUCAUAGAGACUUCAACAGAAUUUCACAGAAUAACUGACCAAGAACCACAAACGUAUAUCGGGGGGGUAGAAAUCAGGGGACUGAGUUCUGUCUGUGAAUAAUUUGCAUGUCCACCCUCUGCUUGCAUAGGUUUUCUCCAGGCAAUCUGACUUCUUCUCUCAGUCCAAAAACCUGAGAUAUGUUCACCUCUUGGACUAUUUCAAAAGUGAAUGCAAGUUUGACAGCUUGGAUAUCCAGGUUGUCCUUAGCUGCGAUAAGCUCCAGCCCGAUUGAUUCCGAACCAUUAAUAGAAAAUGGAUGGAUUGAGUCGAACAGAGAAACCACAAGCCAGACAAAUAGCAAUAUACACAAAAAGUCUAAAUUGGUUGUAAAGGGCGGCCUUGAGGCGGGUUGUAUGAGGUGUCACUAGUUCAUCUGUAAGGACUUGGGCUUUGGAGCAGGAGGGCCAUGUUACUCAAAUCUCAUAAUGAGGCCUCAAAUCUCUGUUUGCAUGCUGACAUGUGUGUGAUCUGGUUCUGUUAGGUCUGUAACACACAGACAAAAAUAUACGGCAGAUUUUCUUUUCCCCUCGAAGGAUUGUGAGUAUAAAAAUUUUGCAAAAAAAUAAAUACAAUUAAAUUUAGAUACAGUGUACAUAUGGGGUUUUGCUCAUUCACGGGUCCACUAGACUGAUCCAGCUUCAAAUAGGUUACCAAUAUCAACAUACAGUGGAUAUAAAGAAUCUACAACCCCCAUGUUCAAAUGUCAAGUCUUUGUGACAUUAAACAAAAAAAGAUAAAUAAUUUCAAAAGGUUUCCACCAAUAAUUUGACAUGUAAUAUGUGCAACUCAAUUUGUUUAUUUAUUCAACCUUUAUUUAACCAGAAAAACUCACUGGGCCUCAUUCACGAACCGUGUGUACACACAGAUUUGUGCUAAAUCGUGCGUAUGCACGUUUGACGCACAAAUCUGCGAUUCAUCAAUAUGUUCAUACUUGUUUUUAUUGGUACCCUGCGAACAAAUUUAGAACCUCCUAAGACCAUGCGUACGCACAUAUACUGUAGGAUCAGCUUUCGAAAAAAUUUCACGUAUUUGACUAAUAUGCACAAUGUAUUGGAACUACAGUCAUUUAUAAAAACUAUAACUUUGACAAAAAUAAAUCAAAUCAAGAAGUUGCUAAUGAGUUGCCGAAACAACCGUGAAAAGGACACUUCUCACCACUUUUACCUUCAUUCCGUUCAAGUGCUUGUACAGUAUAUGUAUGCAAUGUGUGUGUGUCUCUCUCUCUCUCUCUCUCUCUCUCUCUCUCUCUCUCUCUCUCUCUCUCUCUCUCUCUCUGUCUCUCUCUCUCUCUCUCUCUCUCUCUCUCUCUCUCGCUCUCUCUCUCCCUCUCCUGCCCUCUGCAGCAUGCAGUACGAUGUCACUCAACCAGCAAGAAAUGAGAUCAGACUGUUCACAUUCCCACUCUUGUGUGAUGGAAGACAUAACUUCUCGUAUUGGCCCUUUUAGUUCUUCCAAAGUCGUUGGUUUGGUAGAAUAGACUUGCUCCUUUAAUCAUGGAACAUACACAAAAACAUUUUAGAAAAAUGAAAAACAUAUGAAUAAAUUAUAAGUAUAUUACAAUAGGGAUUUACUUUUCAAUCACUCCGUAUAUUGAUCAAUUCACACGCACAUCGUCGCUCGCGUGGUUGAAUUGUGACGUGAUCGGCAUAUGGCUCCUAUAUUUUCUGUCGCUUCCAAUGCAUAUUUUAUUAAUUUUAACAACUACAAAUGCCUCUUUGCUGUGCUAUAUUUAUUCCUCCACCAUCACUCCACUUUCUGACUCUUCCCUAGCCUGGUUUACAUCAUAUUUCACUGACAGAACAAAGUCCUGUGGGUUCCGUCCUUGGCCAAACCCCCUUCACCAUUACCUGUUUCCCUGUGGUCACGUCAACAGCAUGGCAUGGAAUCUCAUUCCACUGGUACGCUGAUAUUAAAACAAACCAGACCAUAUCCUAUUCCAUAUCCUCACCAACCUCCUGCCUGGAGGACAUAAAGCUGUGGAUGACUGAUAACUUCCUUCAACUGAACAAUUAAAAAUGGAAGCCUCUCUCGUUGACAACCCUCACCAGACCCGGCAUCCGCCAUCACCUGCACCACUUUUUCUGAUUCAUAACAUUGUAACGGAUAUCGACUCUCAAUACGAAGACGACAAAAGAUAGGCCUGCUUCUCGAAACCCAUUCCUUGGAUGGGGCCCACAGGCCGGCAGGAUUUUUGUCUUUGCUCACCAGGAUAAUUUAAACAAGAAGAAGGAGUGACAUCUGUGCACCACAGAACAAUUCCGCUUUCGAUCUGCAGUCAAAAUGCUCUCUCAGAAGAUUGACUGUGUCCAGACAUCCGGUGUUAUUGACAGAACACGGUCGGUCACCCCCCCCCCCAGUGGUGACCAGAAACAGGGCAAGAUGGGCUCCUUGUGACCCUAUUUCAUGUGUCGAGAAUGAACAAUGAAAUUAAGGAAAUACCACAUUUGUUUGAAUGUGUCAGGCGCACAUGAGUACCCUGAAUGUACGAUUUGAUUUAUGUGUCAUUAAUGUUGAUUCUGCAGGUUUGGCGAUGAGUCUGUUCAUGAAAACUGUACAAUUAUGUUUUAAGCCAAAUUAUGAAAUAACGUUGUGUUGAAAAACAUUAUUUGAUAUGCCAGAACUAAAAUGAAAAAAGGGUCGUUUCGUGUACUUAAUCUCUACUUGAGACAGUUUCAAAGUGCUUACUCCCUCCCUCUCUCGCUCUUGUGCAUAAAAGGCCGAAGCUUCUUUGUCCUUGCGCACUCGCUCUCGCUCGUUCGUUCAACCUUCCAGAAGAACCUGGCCCAGCCUGGAAGUAUCACGGACGCACCUGACCUUUGCCUGCCGCAGGGCACCCUACCAGCGCCCUGAGCUAACCGUGUGGGUGCGUGGGGCUGCUCACUGACGAAGCUCCAUUGGGAAGGAAAUGGGCGGCGCACGUCCGCUCCAAGCGCCCCCCGAGGACCAGGACACUUCCGGGCUUCG